AUGUCCAAAGCAGACUCCACCUCUCCUACGGCCCGAAAAACGUCAGUGUCUUCGCAGGACUCGGUUGGCACUCGCAAAACGACCUUUGACCUUGAACCCAAUCCGUUCGAGCAGUCGUUUGCGGCGCCCGACGAUGACAAGAAACGCCAUGGAGCUCCUCGACUCUCGCACUCCCGAAAUGCGUCUAUGGACAACAACCCCCACAAGUCGCCUAAACUGACUCCUCUGGCUAGAGUAUUCACCCCGGGAGGCAACCGGAUCCUGCCUCCGCUCUCCGAGAUUGCCCAGAGCGGAUCUGGCACCAACACCCCUUCUGCGGGCAUUUCUGGAUUCGAAACAGGCCCUCUGUCGCCAGCAAUUUUCCUGCAAAAACCACAAAAUGGAGGCACCCCAGCAGGAUUCCCCGGAUGGAAUGCUGGCACACCCGGAGCACAAUCUCCAGGUGCGUUCUCAUCACUCGUGUCGUCCCUCAGACAUAGAAGCUUUGCCGAGAGCGGCAUUCGGUCAGGUCUGACCCCUGGAGGCCAACUGACUCCUAUUUCGGCUGCCGCAGCAGUUGCAGCCCAACAGGACGGCAAAACUACCCCAGGGGGCCUCUCUGCGCUCUUCAAUCUCGAUACCCCUGAAGAGCAGAAAGCCAAACCUGUUCCUGCUCAGACCGCCCCGGCUCAGACAGUCCCUUCACAACAACCCCCUCAGGGAGCACAGGCUGCCCAACCUCCUCAACCAUCGCAAGGAGUCCAGGCUGCUGCUGCUGCUGCCUCCACUGCUCCAGCUGCCAAGGGCAAAAAGGGAGGAAAGAAACGAGAGAAAAAGGACAAGGCUUCCCCUGACGAGCCAAAGGAACCUUUGCCACCCGCUAAGAAGCGAAAGAAGACAAAGACAGAAAUCAAACAGGAGGAAGAGGAGGCCGCUGCUAUGGCAGCCUCCGAAACUGGGCCCGACGGAGAGCCCAUGGACGAGGAGGAAAAACGAAAAUGUUUCCUGGAGCGAAACCGGGUGGCUGCUCUCAAGUGCCGACAGCGAAAGAAGCAGUGGCUGGCAAACCUGGAGGCAAAGGUGGAGUUCUAUGCCAGUGAAAACGACAACUUGAACCAGCAGAUUGCACGACUCAGAGACCAGGUCAAGGGCCUGAAGAGCAUCGUUUUGGACUUUAAGAAUGGCAAUGGAGCCAAAAUUCCGGCUGCAACGCUCGAUGAGGUGCUGAACACAAACAUUGUCAUUAAUAAUGUUCCUGCUCCUGUACCCAUUCCCCAAGUCCCUACAAUUCCUCAACCUGGGGUUCAGCAGGUCCAACAGAUGCCUCCCCAACAACAGGUCCCGCAGCAGCAAGUCCCCCAACAACAGAUGGCUCAGCAGCAAAUGGCUCAACAGCAGAUGGCCCAGCAGCAGAUGUCUCAGCAACAGGUUCCUCCUCAACAGCAAGUUCCCCAGCAGCAGCAGCAGCAGCAAAUGCCACCUCAGCAGGUGCCUCAGCAAAUGUCUCAGCAAGUGCCUCAGCAGGUUCCCCAGCAACAACAAAUGCCUCUGGAUGGUAUGCAGAACGUCCCGCAGAACGCCCACGCCAACCACCAUCAGCCAAUGAUGAUGGGCCAACCUAUAGAACAUGGUCCCGUUGGCGGUGCGCAGGAUGGAACACAGAUGAUGGGCAUCGCUAUGCAGGCUGGAGGAAUGAUGCCGCCUCCUAACCCGGAGGAGGGAGAUAGACAGCAGGGUAUCCCCCAACCGUUGUAUAUGUAA